AUGGCUGAAAAUUUGCAAAUUGAUGAGAUUUUGAACCAGAAACGAAUUGGAGAUGUGAUAACUAAAGCUUUUGCGAUUUUUUUCUUUCCACUUGGUGAGUCUGAAAAUUUCAGUCAAAUAUUGAUUUUCAGCAUGAAAAUUGGGAAAUUUUGAGCCUAAAAAAGCCUAGGCUGUUUUUAGGCCCGGUUUCAGGCCUUAAUUAGGCUUCCAACGGAAAACGAUCAAAAAUUAAAGUUUUAUAGCUCAAAACGCUCCGAAUUUUCUGAAAAAUCGGAAAUUUUCAGUCAAAAAUUGAUUUUCAGCAUGAAAAUCUGAAAAUUUUGAGCCUAGGCUGUUUUUAGGCCCGCUUUCAGGCCGUAAUUAGGCUUUCAAAUGAAAAUGAUCAAGAAUUCAAGUUUUUUAGCUCAAAAUGCUGAAUUUUCUGAAAAAUCUGAAUUUUCCAGCCAAAUCUUGAUUUUCAGCAUUAAAAUCUGGAAAUUUUGAGCCUAAGGACACCUAGGCUGUUUUUAGGCCCGCUUUCAGGCCGUAAUUAGGCUUUCAAAUGAAAAUGAUCAAAAAUUAAAGUUUUAUAACUCAAAAUGCUCCGAAUUUUCUGAAAAAUCUGAAAUUCUGAGCCUAAAGACGCCUAGGCUGUUUUUAGGCCCGGUUUCAGGCCGAAAUCAGGCUUUCAGCUGGAAAUAAUCAAGAAUUCAAGUUUUUUAGCUCAAAAUGCUGAAUUUUCUGAAAAAUCUGAAUUUUCCAGCCAAAUCUUGAUUUUCAGCAUUAAAAUCUGGAAAUUUUGAGCCUAAGGACACCUAGGCUGUUUUUAGGCCCGGUUUCAGGCCUUAAUUAGGCUUCCAACGGAAAAAAUCAAAAAUUCAAGUUUUAUAGCUCAAAAUGUUCCGAAUUUACUGAAAAAUCUGAAAUUUUCAGCCAAAUAUUGAUUUUUGCAGGCCUAAUUCUUCUAAUUAUUCGAUGUUUCAUCGGUGUCCACGCGUUUCUCAUAGCUUGCCUACUUCGAAAAUCGAAUCGAAUUCGAUCGAUUGUGAUGCGAUUCAUGUGUUGUGUUUUGGGAAUUGUGGUGCGGAAAUUUGGUGAGAGGUGGGUGAUUUUUGGGCUGUUUUGAGCCAAAAAUCAUGAAAAAUGCUCAAUUUUGAGCCGAAAUUCGUGAAAAAUGAGCAUUUUGAGCCUAUUUUUCAGUUUUUUAGCUCAAAUUUAAAGAUUUUCAGCCAAAAAUCCCGAAAUUUCCAGAGACGAAUCAGCUCAAGUGCUCGUCUCAAAUCACAUUUCAAUUUUGGAUCAUUUGGCAAUCGACCUGAUUUCUCCUUGCUUUUUACCUUCUAUUUGGGAUAUUCCAACAGUCAUUAGAUGGUGAGUUUUGAUACCAAAUAGUACGGUAGUUUUAAAGGAGCAUGCGCGAAAAUUUGAAUUUUUCCGUGAUUCAUAUAUAUAAAUUAGCCAUUCAACAGUGGCGAGCAAAAGACGCUCGUAGCUCAGGCGGUUAGCGCACACUGUUUUGAUCUAGAGGUCACGGGUUCGAUCCCAGGUGCUGGCAAACUUUUUUUUCUUUUUCUUGAAUUUCUCAAAUUCCCACUAGAAAUUCCAGAUUUCUGCUGAAAAUUAUUGAUUUUGCAGGUGCUUCGGAUACGUGGAUUUGGGUGCAUCACGUGGUCGCUCGGAAUUGGUUCAAAAUGCCAAAAAAUUGUUGGCCGAAACACGCGGACAACCGAUUUUGGCAUUUCCGGAAGGCGAAAUUACGAACGGCAAAAGAGCGCUGCUCAAAUUUAGGUACAAUCUUUGAAGAAGGCCCGAAAAAGCCUGAAAUAGCCCAGAAAGCCUGGAAAGGCCUGAAAAUCUCGAAUUUUCACUCAAAAAAGCCCCCAAAAGCCCCCUAUUUUCAGCACGUGGGCUUUCGAAAUAUCAGACGUGGUUCAACCGAUUUCCAUCACAGUAUCUCGGCCGGUUCCAUGGAAUUUCUCAGUUUCCCGAAUCGCUGCUUCUUGGUUGGCUGAUUUGGUUUUGUUCUUUGCAAUUCCCGCCACAUUUAUCAAUGUUGAAUAUUUGCCGAAAUUGACGAGGAAUGAGGAUGUAAGCAUGAUUUUCAGCCGAAAUCUGAAAUUCGAAUUCAAGAGCUUCAAAAUGAGUCUAAACAUGAUUUUCAAAAAUUUCAGAUUUUGGCUGAAAAUCGCCCUGAAACCUGAAAUUCAAUAAAUCAGGUUUAGGCUCAUUUUGAAGUUCUUGAAAUUCUCUACAAAAUGAAUUCCAACAUGAUUUUUCAGAUUUUAGCUGAAAAUUUCAAAUUUCCAGGAAUCAAUCGAUGAAUUCGCCCUUCGUACCGCUCAAACCAUCGCCACGCAUUUGAAAAUCGAAGUUUCGAAUUUCGAACCUCGAGAUGUUGCAGAAGCGACCAAAAGAUGGAAAAGAGAUCAAUUCGAGAGAAGAAAUCAGGCUGGAAAUAGUGUGAGUCUGGAAUUUUUGGGCUGAAAAUGUGGAAAUGGUCCAAAAUUCAUGAUUUUUACAUGAAAAUGACCCUGAAAUCCUCAAAUUUUGAAAAUAAUUUCAGUUGUCAUCUGGUUCGUCUGGAAAUCGUCUUCAAAACGAUCGUCAAUUGGAUGAAUGUGCAAUGAGAAUCAAACAAUCACAUCCAUCAUUCCAUUUGUCGUUGAUUCGAGAGGAUUUGCAAAAAACUCGAAAUCAGGCGGCAACUAUUACAAAUUUGAAAUUGGGAAAAAUUCCCAAGGAUUUGAAUCCGAAUUUGGAUGGAAAGGUAGGGGAAAUUUGGGGGUUUUUGGGGUAGAAGCUUAAAAAUUCUGAAAAUACGGAAUUUUUUGAGCUUCUGUUCUGAAAUAUCUAAAUUUCAAGCUUCUGGAUCUGAAAAUUCGAAAUUUUCAGGUUUUUUUGGUCUAGAAGCUUAAAAAUUCUGAAAAUUAGGAAUUUUUUGAGCGUCUGUUCUGAAAUAUCUGAAUUUCAAGGUCCAGCAUCUGAAAAUUUGAAAUUCCCACGUUUUUUUGGUCUUGAAGCUUAAAAAUUCUGAAAAUAAGGAAUUUUUCAAGCUUCAGCAUCUGAAAAUUAGCAAUUUUCAGGUUUUUUUGGUCUAGAAGCUUAAAAAUUCUGAAAAUAAGGAAUUUUUUGAGCUUCUGUUCUGAAAUAUCUAAAUUUCAAGCUUCAGCGUCUGAAAAUUUGGAUUUUUCAGGGUUUUUUGGUCUAGAAGCUUAAAAUUUGAAAAACUCGGAAAAUUGAGCUUGUAGAUCAGAAAAUUUCAGGAUUUUCAGCUUUUUUCUCCUAGUAAAAAUUUUUCCCAAUUUUCAGAUAAAUCUCGAUCCAUCUUCGUGGAAAUCGAUUUUCUCCUCAAGAAAAUGGCAAAUGAUUGAAGAGAAUCGUAGUAAAUAUUUGCAAAAGGAUGGGUAAAAUUUAAUUUUGGUUUUUUUUCGCUUUUAUGUAUGUCAGUAUUAUUUUUCGGUGAUUUUUUGUUUGGAAACUGCUGCUAAUAAAUAAAUAAAUUUCGAAGAACUUCCGUGAGAAUUCAAAAAUUAUAGUCGAUUUUCCGUAUUUGAUUAGAAAAUAAGUACUUGAUGAUAAAUAACUUGUUCAUUCAGUUCCCGAGAAAACGACUUUAUGAGCCAUUAACGCAAAAAUUGCAACAUAAAGAUAAUUUUAAUUACUUUUAGCGAAAAAUGCAGAACUCAAGUGAAUAAGGUCCAUUUUUAUUGAGAGGAGUUGGAAAAUGAUAAGAAAAACCCGAAUAAAAGGCCGGUUGCAGUAACAAAAAUUUGAUUUUAGUCAUAAUUUUUGUACAGAGAAAUGAAUUCAUUGAUGUUAUAUAAUCAAAAUAUUUAUAUAAAUAUAUUUUUAUAUUUAAUGUAUUUAUUUUUUGAUUUAUCUAUCAGAGCUUUCGUAGCCACUUAUUUAUAUGAUCUUUACCAUUCUUACGUAAAUCGUAAUUACGAUUUUGAGGUGAGUCGAGUUCAUUAUUUUUUCGGUAGAGCACGUUUGCUAUUAAUUUAAAAAAUCUCAACCUCAACAUUUUUCAGAAUUUCGUUGAGCAAUUGGUCAAUAUUGAUUGGGAGAAAAUCAUACGAAGGAGCGUAUUUUCGGGGAAAUGUUUAAUUGAUUUGUUAAAAAUUAUUAUUAAAAUUCGAAAAGGGGUCGAAUAA